AUGGACUCCUCUACAUCUUGCUCUUUGCAAGAUGACACUAUAUCUAAUUGCGCAGAAACUUGGAUCCUCGACUAUGAUCCAGUCGACCAUGAAGAACUGCAAAACGAGUCAAUGUUCGAGAAGCCACGUGGAGAGAGACGAUGGCUUGGAAAAGAACAUCAUCGAGGAAAGGAACGUCUUCACAAUGCAGUGAAGGACAGGACCUUUAUCGAAAAAACAGUCAGAGCGACAGAACCUUUGAGCAAGAAUGCUACAAAAAAGAUAAAAGCAUCUACUAGAGAUGGGAUGGAGUUUAAUGUUAUCUACUCUCUCGAUAAGAAAAACCGAUGGGAGACCACAAAUACAGUAUCCUUCUUGGGUGCAACUCCAGAAAAUUUGAAUGCUGAAGUGGUGGAGAAGAAUGGAUUGGAGGUUGCUGGGUUGAUGCAUCCGGAGAAAACUACUCUAGCAGUGCACUCGAGACAAAUUGAUCCAACCAAAGAACCAGGAGAUUUUGAUAUCAGAAUUGCCAAAUCUUCUGGAAAAGGACAACACUAUUCAAAUUUUCUUCCUGCUACUAGAGAAUUCAGCAAAAAGGCUAACGCCAGAACUAUGACAAUUAGAAAAGAACCACCUUCGAAAAAAGAGCCAGUCGCUGAGCCUACAAUUUCCUACAAUAUCUACAAAACACAUCCGAGCCAAGGACUUGUUGGAGGCCAGAUGUUCAAAUCAAGGCUUGUAUCGAAGUCAGGAUUGAACCGAACCAAUAAGAAAUUGGAUAUGAAUAUCUACGACGACGAAGAAGAGGAUUUCGAUAACGAUGAUGAAGAUGGUUAUGUAUAUGAAGAGAUUCGUCCAUCAGAUGCCGUUUUGAAUUUGGCAAGUUUGACAGUUGGAAACCGCGCUGAAAAGCAAUCUAGGAAAAGCAACCGCAAGGAUAGUGAGCUCUCCUAUGACUUCGUGCAAGCUUUGGAACAGGAAAUUGAGUAUUCUAACCUUCUUGACAUCUACAAUUAUCUAAGAAAGGAAGGAUACAUGUUUGAAAAUGCUGAUGUUACUUUUCAUAACCAGAAGGACAACAUUGAACAACAAAUGAAGGAACUUCAUGAGGAAGACAAAUUAAUUAUCAAACAGUUGCGCCCAAAACAAUACCUUCUGGAUGCGUCAAGAUGGUGUCAACUAGACGGAGAAGUCAAGGAUGGAGAGACAACCACAGUAAUCGUGAUCACUCAUCUGAAGAAGAAUGUUUACAAUGUUCUUGUCAACUCUACUCUUCCUUGCCAUCCUUCGAAAAGAGGAUCCGAUUAUUUGAAAAGGCAGAUAUCAAGUGCGAUGACUAUUCGCGAAGCGGUUACGAGAAUUACAACUGAACUAAUCACUCAUCGGAAAGUUAUUGAAACGAUGAAAUUGGCGUCUGAAUUUUACGAAACAAAAACUGUGCCUGAACUAAUUCAUGACAGUUCCGAAUGGGAAAAUCAGCUGGUGAACAUGGAUUGGCCAAACCAGCAUUAUCAUGCCACGUGGGCGAAUUCUGAAGAAUUAAGUCAAAUUGGAGGAAAACUGGAAUGGGAUGAUCUAUGCGCAAUGGUUAGAAAAGAGGGAACUUCCCAAACCGUUUAUGCUUCUGAAGGUGUCUGUGGAUUGUGUAGCCGAGAAAAGAGAGCUCAUGAACUGUUUCUGGUGAACGAUGAGACAAGGAUGAAAUGUACAGAAUGUCUUCGAGAAGAGUUCUACAGAGAGCUGAGUGCUAAACAAAUUCCAAUUGAUUUGCAAAUCCAAUCUGCGGAUGAAUUAGAACUUCUUCCAACAUUUAUCCCCUUGACAAUUGUAAAUUUGUAUAUUAGAAUAACAUCAGAAAUAAUUUACAAAGAUCUCGGUGCUACUGGAGAUUUUGAGAAGUGUCCAUCCUGUAAAUCUGCUGUGUUUUUCCAAGAGACUCCUCCUGGAAAUGAAAAGAAAGCUCAAAAUCGCUCGUGUCCAUGCGGGUAUUCUUGGUGCAAACAUUGUGAGAGGGUCCCUCACUGGCCAUUAAAGUGUGGAGAUUACUCGGAAUGGGAAGAAAAAUGGUUGUUGAGAUAUGCUAUGACUCAUGCGCAAGGAACUGGAACAGAGACUCUCUUGCAAAUAACAUGCUCUUGUGCCAAGCAGAUUUACAACGUUUUGCUCCCAGUAGAGUUCACCGAAUGCCCUGGAUGCAAGACUAAUGUUAAUAUGAACACAAUGCGGACCGUCUGGAAACACUAUUACUACCCGUACGAUCCAAUGCUAAGAAAAUAUAUUCAGAAAGGAUAUUACACAGUUGGUCAGGAAUAUAAGAAGAGCCCUUAUGUGCCAAGAGCCAAAACUUAUACGGAUAUCGUCAAGAUUCCAGGAAUCCGAGCAUCAGUUAUUGAGAUCUGUAAAGCUGCAAGAGAUAUUCGAUAUGACGUCAAUCUCCGUAAUCGAGCUGUCAAUCGAGAACACAUUCUGAUUCGGAAAGGAGUUAUGGAGAAAGAAGUCGUUGAAAAUUUACUAGGAACAUCUGUCUAUUUGGUGGAGAAUGUUACUGCGUGGAUGUAUGUUAGUAAUCAAUACGAUCGCAGCAUUAAGAAUAUGUUGGACAGUGUUAUGGAGCAUCGGAAGGAAUUGGUGAAGAUGUUGGAAGGAGAGGAUUCAGAUGCCAUCAAUGAGUCUGUCAAGAAGUUGAAUAGAGACAUCCAAAGUGUGGUCUCUUCAGUGGAGAGGAAAAUCAUUGAGACUUCGAUUAUUUGA